AGUGGAUUGAAGUCCUAGCAGGAACAUGAGCGAGGACACGGUCCCUGAGGCGGCCUCGCCGCCACCCUCUCAAGGACAGCACUACUUUGACCGGUUCUCUGAAGAUGACCCUGAAUACUUGCGCCUUCGCAACCGCGCGGCUGACCUGAGGCAGGACUUCAACCUGAUGGAGCAGAAGAAGCGGGUCACCAUGAUCCUGCAGAGCCCCUCUUUCAGGGAGGAGCUGGAAGGUCUCAUCCAGGAACAGAUGAAGAAGGGCAACAAUUCCUCCAACAUCUGGGCGCUACGACAGAUCGCGGACUUCAUGGCCAGCACCUCCCACGCAGUCUUCCCAGCUUCUUCCAUGAACUUCUCCAUGAUGACGCCCAUCAAUGACCUCCACACUGCUGACUCCCUGAACCUGGCCAAGGGGGAGAGGCUUAUGCGGUGCAAGAUCAGCAGUGUCUACCGCCUCCUGGACCUCUAUGGCUGGGCGCAGCUCAGCGACACCUAUGUCACGAUGAGAGUGAGCAAGGAGCAGGACCACUUCCUGAUCAGCCCCAAGGGGGUUUCCUGCAGUGAGGUCACGGCAUCUAGCCUGAUCAAGGUGAACAUUCUGGGAGAGGUGGUGGAGAAGGGCAGCAGCUGCUUCCCCGUGGACACCACAGGCUUCAGUCUGCACUCAGCCAUCUAUGCCGCCAGACCUGACGUGCGCUGUGCCAUCCACCUGCACACCCCUGCCACAGCCGCGGUGUCAGCUAUGAAGUGUGGCCUCCUGCCUGUCUCCCAUAAUGCCCUGCUGGUGGGAGACAUGGCCUACUAUGACUUCAAUGGGGAAAUGGAGCAGGAAGCAGAUCGAAUCAACUUGCAGAAGUGCCUUGGACCUACCUGCAAGAUCCUGGUGCUGAGAAACCAUGGCAUGGUCGCCCUGGGUGACACCGUGGAGGAGGCUUUCUAUAAGGUCUUCCACCUACAGGCUGCGUGUGAGGUGCAGGUGUCGGCUCUGUCCAGCGCUGGAGGAACUGAGAACCUCAUCCUCCUGGAGCAAGAGAAACACAGGCCGCAUGAGGUGGGCUCUGUGCAGUGGGCAGGCAGCACCUUUGGGCCCAUGCAGAAGAGCCGGCUGGGAGAGCAUGAGUUCGAAGCCCUCAUGAGGAUGCUAGACAACUUAGGCUACAGAACAGGCUACACAUACCGGCACCCCUUUGUCCAAGAGAAAACCAAACACAAAAGUGAAGUGGAGAUCCCGGCCACAGUCACUGCCUUCGUGUUUGAAGAGGACGGUGCCCCAGUCCCUGCCCUGCGCCAACAUGCCCAGAAACAGCAGAAGGAGAAGACCCGCUGGCUUAACACGCCCAACACCUACCUGCGUGUGAACGUGGCCGACGAGGUGCAGAGGAACAUGGGCAGUCCCCGGCCCAAGACCACGUGGAUGAAAGCUGACGAGGUGGAGAAGUCCAGCAGCGGCAUGCCCAUACGGAUCGAAAACCCAAACCAAUUUGUGCCUCUCUACACCGACCCCCAAGAAGUGCUGGACAUGAGGAACAAGAUUCGAGAACAAAACCGACAAGACAUAAAGUCUGCAGGGCCUCAGUCCCAGCUCUUGGCCAGCGUCAUCGCCGAGAAGAGCCGGAGCCCGUCUACAGAGAGCCAACUGAUGUCCAAGGAUGACGCAGAUACCAAAGAUGAAUCAGAGGAGACAGUGCCCAACCCCUUCAGCCAACUCACCGACCAGGAGCUGGAGGAGUACAAGAAGGAGGUGGAAAGGAAGAAACUAGAACAGGAACAGGAAGGGGAGAGGGACACAGCCACAGAAGAGCCGGGCUCACCUGUAAAGUCCACACCUGCAUCUCCGGUGAAGAGCCCGACAAAAGCUGGGACCAAGAGUCCAGCAGUUUCUCCUUCCAAGGCUUCAGAGGAUGCCAAGAAGACAGAAGAUGGUGAAGCCACCACAGAGCCCGAGCCAGCGAAACCAGAAGGGGUGGUGGUUAACGGGAAGGAGGAGGAGCCGAGUGCAGAAGAGGUCCUCAGCAAAGGACUGGGCCAGAUGACCACCAACGCUGACACGGAUGGUGACAGCCAGAAAGACAAAACCGAGUCGGUUACGAGCGGCCCCUUGUCCCCAGAGGGCUCGCCCUCCAAGUCACCCUCCAAAAAGAAAAAGAAAUUCCGAACCCCCUCCUUCCUGAAGAAGAGCAAGAAGAAGGAGAAGGUGGAAUCCUGAUCAGUGGCUCCUGCUGCAUCCCUGCCCUCCUUCCCUGCCCUUCUCCCAACUCUGCCCCUGGAGCACAGGGCCAGUGAGGGAUAGAGAAGGACCUGGGAUCACACUCAGAGGGGAGCUUAGAGUCAGCCUUCCCAGAGCAGCCAGGUGUCCUGCCCACAGUCACAGUUAGUUGGUGGCAGAGCCAACCCUAGAUUUGAGCUUCCUGACUCCCAUGGUUAUGCUCUGUCCUCUGUUCAACACUGCCUAGUCCUGGGCUGCCUUUGUUAGGACACCACCUGCCAGCCUGCGCCCAGGGCAGGAAGGCCAAGCACCGGGCAUGGUCAUGAAUGCUCAUAGGCCAAGGCUUCCUCUGAGUAAGGUCCAUCUCUUCCCAGGAAUCCUGCCUCUUGCUGAUGGAACUGUCUCCACAGCAAGAAGCCAUGCUUCUCUCUUCCAUUUUGGGUCCCUUUCCCUGCUCAAAGUAACCAGGCAAACUGACCUGCUUCCCCUCCCCACAAUAGAAGUUAAUCUCUGAUCCCCAGGCUGAUGGCUAGCUUGUACUUUUCCAAACACUAAUCCUGAGCUUUUGACAUGGAACCCAUUGAGUGAUGGAUGGAAGAACCUAAGAACAGACAGAGAGAGGGCAAGCCAAGUCAGCUUAAUGAGUGGACAGGGGACCAUCAAUCUAAGAGCCUAGGCUCCUGGCCUGUCUGUAUUGUACAUCUCACAGGCUACAAAAUUCAACCUAACGGUAGCAUAAGAAAAAGUCUCAUGCU